AGAAACUUGGGUCAUGUUUAAAUUAACACUUGCCUGCGUUUUCCUGUUUAUUGCUUCGUUGGAAGCUAGAAAAGGUAAUUCUACCUCUUCUUUUUUAUUUCAUACCGUGCAUGAUCACUCAAACCACCCGGGGCUUGGUUCCUCGAGUAGGUUAACUUUUAAGUCCGUGGAUGAAAUUCGUAGGUGUGACCAUUCAUUUGAAAGCUACCGAAAUGUUAUUCCAUGUAUGGUUGUUCGGUAGAGUUUCAAAUGAUAUUUUUGCCAAUUUCGUUUUUCUUUUAAUAAUAGUUAAUAUUAUUAUUAUGGCUACACUUGGGCGUAAAAGCAGUGAUCCUAUCUGAUACGUACAACAGAAAAUUUGCUGUCAAAUUUGUGUUUAAACACGGUAUUUAUAUCUCAGUGGGAACUACGCCAGAACUACUAAGAACCAUAAGGGUAUCAAGACUAACACAUCAAUAAAAAGAGGUAACGAAAAACACUGUGUUUAAUAUCUAUAGAAAUCGAUAUAACAGCUCUAAAUUGCCAGCGGUAAUAAUUGUUACCCGACCGGUCUUGAAACGAAACUGCACACAGCGUUACCUGUUUCAAGAGGUUCUGGUUGAGUUAAUUCUAUUGGGCUAGACAAUGUGAAAAGGAGAUUAAUCUAGGGAAUGGCGUAUUUUAAAGGAGAAGUAUAGGGCCUUCUUUUAUAGUUAGACCUUUAAAGUUCGUCCAGACUACCAUGCACCUUGCACCAGGAACAAACAAUUUUUAUGAUCCAGCGGACGUUUAUUUCCCUUUAGGCUAGCUGUUCUUUUGCAAUGAGGAGGUAAGGGUACCAGCCACCUUUAUUAUACAAGAUUGCCCGGGGAAAAUCGGAUUAAAAUAUUCCGGGUUGGGGUAGACCUGUUGAAGGACUUACAAUCAAAGAUAAUGGUAGUUGGGAUACAGAUAAUUUACGUGCACAAACAUAAACGUUUUGCUCAACAUCGGGCACGGGGAAGGGAAGGAAGGAAAAAAAGAGGUCAAAAAAGCAACCUUCCCAACACUUUUGACGAUAAUUGUGUAAGAAUAGGAAAUAAAUUUUAGUUCUUAAAUUAUACUGUUGAGGGUGACUUAUUGCUUGUUUAUAGGUAGAUCUUUUCCUCAGAGAGUUCUUAAGAAACAAGCUGGCGUUUUAAGGGAAAAAAGAAGGGAAGAACUGUACACGGUGAAUGCAGUUGAGGUUCAAAGGAGGGCUGAUGUACAAAGGCUAUGAGCGGCCCAUGAGGGUUCCUGUUCAGCGCGAUUUCAUGGGUCUAAAUUCUUCCCUCCCCUCCCCCUCGAGCUCUUGUCACGCAGAGUUAAAUCUCUCUCCAAAUCAAGGAAGAAUUAGCAAACUUUUAACAAGGAAAGUUCUUGAAAAGCUGAGAGGUUGCACUAAACCUUUGUACACAAUCGACAAUUUUAUAGUAUAGAAAGGCUACUUUUUUAUUAAAACAAUUUCAACUAAAAAAUCACCAAAUGUUAUUUCAAGGCCACUUUUUGCAAACAAAACGAUAAAGGAAAAAUUAGAAUUCUUUACCUAAACGAUGGACUAAUUGUAAAUUGUUUUCUAUCUAAAACAUCGCCAAACAUAAUUUCUCCACCUUUUUUGAAAUAAAAAGAAAAAAUUAAGGAAUUUCAAAAACCAUAACCAAAACCUUAGACUAAACAAUUCGAAAAAAUGUCCAUCUUGCGACUUUGGAAAAAUAACACUUUGCGGCCAUUAAAAGUAGAUGUUUUUUAUAGUCUAGAGUGAUUUGUUUUCUAUCUACAAUAGUACAAAACACUUUUUUUACGCCUAUGUUCACUAAAAAAAGGAAAAAUUACAAAGUUUUGACCUAGACCAUUUACUAACCCCCUUAAUGAAAAAUGUCCAUAUUUCGACUUUCAUUAAUUGAUGUUUUUGUGGUCCAGAAUGGCUUGUUUUCUACCUAAAACAGCAAAAAACAAUUUUUCCAAGUCCAUUUUGGCCAAAAAGAAAGGGUGGAGAAAUUUUAAAUUUUUGAACUAACCCCUCGUGAAAAAUGCAAAUUUUGGGACAUUUUUAUUGGUGUUUUUAUAGUCUAGGGGGGUCGUUUGGUACAAUGUACUAAUGGAUCUUGUGAGGCUAGCACCGCGCAUGCUUUGUGGUGGCUGUCUGCCUGUUAUUCAUAAAUCAUAACAAAUUUGUCUUCUUGCCUGCAGUGACAGAAGCAUACCUACACCAUGGAAAAAUUGUCAAAAUAACAAAAGAAGUGGACGAUGAGCCAGGUAGACACUAAAGACCUUUACAUUUGACUGCCAGAGCGAUUUUUGAAUCCAUAUUUAUCUAUAUAGUUAAUUAUCACACCAAUUGUAUCCCUCUUGUUUAAUUUGCAAGUCGUCACUGAGGAAAUUAAAGAGUUAUAGUUGGUAUGGUAAGAUCAACUAGAAAACGUACAAACGUAUAACUUUUUUUACUGGUAAUCACAUCAAAAGUUUUCUCUAGUUUCUCCGUUACAUGUAUAUAUUUUUAUCAGGAGCCCAUAAACCAAGAGCGAGAAACGCCCCUUUUAGGCAUGUAAAAGGCUUUUUCUCCGAUCGGUUUAUUUUUAGAUACAAUUUAGAGCACUUUUUCUCGCGGAAAUGGAAGCUCCUUCUGUCUAUGAGCGCAUCUAAAGCACACUAAUAAUAGGAAAAUUAAACGCCGUUAAAAGGUCAAAAACUACCACCAGAUUUCAGGUCUAUAGGUUCUGCUGGCUGGUUUGUGCGACUUAAAGAUGAUGUAAAUUCGCAGAAAAAUUGUUCUAAAAAUAGUAGUUUUGGUAACACCGCAGUAACAUAUGGGUAUAUUGAAGUUGUCGCUCCUACUCAUAGGCUCCUGAUUUCAUACAUUUUCCGCCUCCUCAAACGUGUUAUUUUAUUUACAGAAACUGUAGAGAAGCGUGAUGCUAACCCAUGUGGCUUCGGAUGUCCUGCCACUUGUGCUCCGGCCUGCACACAAUCAUGCUGCGCACCUCCUCCCCCACCACCACCAUGCCCCGUUCCAGUACCAAUGCCUUGCCCACAGCCAGGACCCCCAGGACAACCAGGAUGCAUGGGACCACCAGGAUUGCCUGGAUGUCGUGGAUUCCCCGGUGCUCCAGGAUGUAUGGGACCCAUGGGACCCAUGGGACCACCCGGUGCACCAGGAUGCCCCGGUCUUCCAGCACCUCCACCCCCUCAGUGCCCUCCUGUUUGCAUCCACUACUGUAUGAGAAUUUGCCCACAACAAUGCUGCACCCCUCCUCCGCCAGUGUAUAUUCCACCACCACCCCCUCCCCCGAUGCCAGUUUGUGCUCCGUCAUGCGCACCAACAUGCUGUCCCAUGGGAAAGAAAUAAACAAUUUGGAGGAUUUCUCUUCAAUUCACUCAAAAAGAUAGAGAGGAAAUGAUGUGAAGAAAAUAGUACACUGAAGAACACCCUGUAAAUAUUUUGCUACCUUAAGACAUUUAGUUAGACGGCAAGCAUCCCUUGGGACACUCAAGGGAAAUUUAGCUAAAGACGCGCAGCCAUGGCCUUCAAAAAAAUUAUAAGACCUUAUUUUCUGGCCAAAACUCAUUUUGUUUCGUAUAGAGAAUUAACUAUUUUUUAAACUGACAUCAUGGAAUUAGAAUUCUAAAAGGAAAGAUUUUUGUAGUACAAAUUUAGACCUUUUAUAGUCAAUCAGUCACACUCUUUUAAAGUUUCCCACCCAAAUG